AUGGCGACAUUACCAAGAAUGAAUCAUUCAAAACACGGGAAUAGUAUAUCUUCGGCGUUUAGUACAAGUCCACGUAAACUGCAAGAAAUGACUCUCCCUACGCCAGAUGGACAUGAUGUAACGAUUGCCAGUGGUGUAAGCAUGAAACAAUAUGAAGAGCAAUUAAACUCAUUACGUAAAGAAAAUUUUCAUUUGAAAUUAAGGAUAUAUUUUCUUGAAGAAAAGUUAGGCAAUGGAGCACCACCGGCAGUACAAGGUUUACUGGAACAUAAUGUGAGGCUUCAAGUAGAAGUUGAAGAACUCAGAAGGCAGCUUAGUGAUAAGCAAGAACUACUGGCAGCAGCUGCGGAAGCCAUUGACGUAUUGGAAAAUCAGGGCUCUAUCUCAGCUGAAGGCGUAGAAACGUCAAUGAACAACUGUGGCGGAAUGAGAAAAAACGAAGAAGUAAAGAAUACAGAAAAUCAAACAGAAGCAGUUGAUGACACAUAUCCCGAAUCAGAGUCAGCUGGAGACUAUCUUGCUGUAACGGUGAACAAUGACGAUUUGGAUCAGUUAACAAAGCUUCGGAAGGAAAACCACAAAGCUAUGCAGAUGAUUAAAGAAUGUUUGAAGAAAAUACAGCAACAAGAUAAAGAAAUGAAAAAAUUGAAAUUGGAUAAGGAAUUAGCCUACGCGCAUGUUAGUGAUUCGCAAAUAGAAAAGUACCAAGAAAUUUUAAAAUGUAAGGAUGAACAUAUUAAGGACUUAGAAGGUAAACUAAGACAAUUGCAGAAAAAUGUUGAAAAUGUACAAAACGAAGAUUCUGCUGGGAACCUCCAGCAAUUACUGACGCGGCGACUGCAAGGCUUGGCGUACUUCCUCGACAAAUUAUUAUCUCACAAAUGUGUUCUUGGCGAAGAUAAAAAGAAAUUAGCCGAAAGUAUCCUAGAACAAAGCUUGGCGUUACCAGUUGGACUAAAAUUAGAUGAAACUAUGGCAUUCGAAGACUUCACAAUGGACGAAAGUAACAUUGACAUAUCACAAUCGUUAAGGAUAGAAGAUUUGACUAUGAUGUUUGGACAUCAUAUUACUUGUAGUGACGAUAGCAAAAUAUGUUCCACGAAAAAACUGAGUAAUAAACAUUUCCCGCAGGCAGACUUAAUAUCCGAAUCAGAAUGUUGGUCAGAACCAGAUAGAAAUGUAUCUUUAGCUAGAGUUGGCCUUUGCGACACCGGUGUAGGUUUAGGUGUCAAAGAAUCUGUGACAGAUAAUAACAAAGUAAAGUCACGUCGCUCUCGGAUUUCCUAUGGAUCGCGUUCUGAGGACAACAAAAUCAUAAAUGAAUCUGCUUUCCUUGAAGAGAUACGCGAACUUACUAAUUGUAAUGAACAGCUCGAAAAGGAGAAGAAAGAUCUUAAUAACAAAUUUGACGAGGCAAUGAAAAGAAUCAAUGAAUUAAUAAAUGAAAAGGAUGAGCUGACUACUGCUUUGGUUUUAGAACGUAAUAAUGUUAUCGAAGCCAAUAAAAGUUUAGAAAUAAUGAAAAAUUCCCUUGUAGCCAUAGAGUCCAGGUUAAAGGAAAACGAACAACAGCUUGCUUACGCCAUACAGCAGACAGAAAAGGUACGCACAGAAAGACAAGAAUUAGAAUCAAGAUUUUUGGAAACUGAGCGCUCUUUAAGGCGUGCGGCGGAUGAAGCCACAGUACAAGCGUCGCAAGCGGCAUUGGAAAGAGCAAGAGCUCAACACGAUAGGCUACAAAUUGAAAGGGAACUAGAGGAAACACGUGAAAAGCUGUCCAAUGCAUUGGAGACCAACUCACAAUUGGAAAUACAGUUAACUCGCAAAGUAGCAUUAGAAGUCGACAAUAAAAUUGCGGAGCUACAAGAAGGUGCUUAUUCAGAAGAGGAAAGACCGACGUCACCAGAUCAAGGAAUUGACAGUGAUAGGUUAUCUAGUUUGGAACAAAACGACGCCAUAUCUCUAUCACCUCGGUCUUUAUAUCAAGAAAAUGUUUUAUUAAAACAAAAACUUGCUAGAACAAAAGCGACACUUGCAGAAACAUUAACUCAAUUGAAUGCUGCAAAUAUGAGGAAGAGAAACGUGCAACGCGCCAUUUGCCGCGAGAUACACAAAACUCAAGGGGUUCUUCGCCAGGCCCGUGAUCAGCUUGAAAAUCAUAACUAA